GCUGCCUGCCGGGAGCCAAAACGAAAGCACUCUGGCAGGGACUGGAUGGUAGUCAGGACUCCUGGGAGAGGGCGUUUGCAAGCGGCCCAGCGCCGGGACCCCGAGACCGGGGAGGGAUUCCGGCCCCUCCUACCCGCAGGCACGCAGCUGAGUGGGAGAAGAGGUGUGCUGUCAGCCCCCCUUCGGGGUGGGGGCAGGACAGGGCCUCAGGCCUGGGUGCUGCCUGGCACCUGGAAGAUGCCUGUGCCCUGGUUCUUUCUGUCCUUGGCACUGGGCCGAAACCCUGUGGUCUUCUCUCUAGAGAGGGUUGUGGGGCCUCAGGACACUGCCCGCUGCUCUCCGGGCCUUUCCUGCCACCUCUGGGAUGGUGACAUGCUCUGCCUGCCUGGGAGCCUCGUGUCUGCUGCAGGCCCCGUGCUGGUGCCCACACGCCUGCAGACAGAGCUGGUGCUAAGGUGCUACAAGGAGACCGACUGUGACCUCUGUGUGCGUGUGGCCGUCCACUUGGCUGUGCAUGGGUACUGGGAAGAGCCUGAAGAUGAAGAGAAGUUUGGAAUUGCAGAGGACCCAUCUAUCGAGGAGCCUAGGAACGCCUCUCUCCAGGCCCACGUCGUGCUCUCCUUCCAGGCCUACCCUACUGCCCGCUGCGUCCUACUGGAGGUGCAAGUGCCUGCUGCCCUCGUGCAGCCUGGUCAGUCUGUGGGCUCUGUAGUAUUUGACUGCUUCGAGGCUGCCCUGGGGGCUGAGGUGCGAAUCUGGUCCUACACUCAGCCCCGGUACCAGAAGGAACUCAAUCUCACACAGCAGCUGCCUGACUGCAGGGGUCUUGAAGUCCGGGACAGCAUUCAGAGCUGCUGGGCCCUGCCCUGGCUCAACGUGUCUGCAGAUGGCGACGACGUGCGCCUGGUGCUGGACGUCCCUGAGGAGCAGCGCUUUGGCCUCUCCCUGUACUGGAACCAGGUCCCGGGCCCUGCAAAACCCUGGUGGCACAGAAACCUGACUGGGCCGCAGACCAUUACCUUGAACCACACAGACCUGGUUCCCUGCCUCUGUAUUCAGGUGUGGCGUCUGGAGCCCGACUCUGUCAGGACCAGCAUCUGCCCCUUUAGGGAGGACCCCCGUGCACACCGGAACCUUUGGCGUGCCGCCCGGCUGCAGCUGCUGCCCCCGCGGGCCUGGCGGCUGGACGCGCCGUGCUCACUCCCCGCUGAGGCCACACUGUGCUGGCAGGCACCGGAUGGGGGCCCCUGCCAGCCGCUGGUCCCACCGCUGCCCCUAGAGAAUGUCACUGUGAACAAGGCUCUUGAGUUCCCAUUGCUGAAAGGCCACCCAAACAUCUGUGUCCAGGCAAGAAAGGGGCGCCAGAGAGCCGGGCUUGGGGUGAGCGGCUGGGAGAAGCAGGAGCUACAAGAGUGCUUGUGGGCUGACUCCCUGGGGCCCCUCAAGGACGACAUGCUGCUGGUGGAGACACGAGGCCCCCAGGACAACAGAUCACUCUGCGCCUUGGAACCCAGUGGCUGCACUCCACUGCUUAGCAGGGCAUCCACGAGGGCAGCUCGUCUUGGAGGGCCGUUACUACAAGAUGUGCAGUCAGGCCAGUGUCUUCAGCUGUGGGACGAUGACCUGGGAGCACUAUGGGCCUGCCCCAUGGAAAAGUACAUCCACCGGCGCUGGGCCCUGGUCUGGCUGGCCUGCUUACUCUUGGCCGCUGUGCUUUUUCUUCUCCUCCUCCUCAAAAAGAACCACGUGAAAGGGUGGCUGAGGCUCUUGAAGGAGGACGUCCGCGCGGGGGCGGCCGCCGGGAGCCGCGCGGCUCUGCUCCUCUACUCCGCCGACGACGCUGGCUUCGAGCGCCUAGUGGGUGCCCUGGCUUCGGCGCUGUUCCAGCUGCCGCUGCGCGUGGCCGUGGACCUGUGGAGCCGCCGCGAACUGAGUGCGCAGGGGCCCCUGGCCUGGUUCCAUGCGCAGCGGCGCCAGACCCUGCAGGAGGGCGGCGUGGUGAUCCUGCUCUUCUCGCCCGGGGCCGUGGCGCUGUGCCGCGAAUGGCUGCAGGACGCGACGUCGGCGCCCGGGGCUCACGGCCCGCACGACGCCUUCGCCGCCUCGCUCAGCUGCUUGCUGCCAGACUUCUUGCAAGGUCGGGCGCCUGGCCGCUACGUCGGGGCCUACUUCGACAGACUGCUGUCCCCGGACGCCGUGCCCGCCCUGUUCCGCAGCGUGCCGGUCUUUUCACUGCCCUCACAGCUGCCCGACUUCCUGGGGACCCUGCAGGGGCCCGCAGCCCCCCACCCCUGGCGGCUCGCGGAGAGAGCGGAGCAGGUAUCCCGGGCCCUGCAGCCCGCCCUGGACAGCUGCUUCCGGGACCCGGGGACGGGAUGCGGGAUGGGGCCUGAGGCAGAGGACAGGACUUGAAUAAAGGCAGACGCUAUUUUUCUACCCGUGUCUCCCACGCGUGUCUCACUGACCCAGCCGCUGGACCAAACU